AUGGGGAAGGUUGUAAAAAGGGUAUGUGUUUUGGCAAUGGUGAUGAUGCUUAUGAUGUCGAUGGAGGUGACGGGACUGGUGGAGAGGACUUGUCGGGACGAGGGUGGUAAAACCAUUGACGUUAGAAAGGCGGAUUGCGGCGGUGGCAGUGGUGUAGGAGUUGAAGGAGGAGGCGGUGGCGGUGUAGGAGUUGGAGCUGGUGGAGGAGUUGGCGGAGGAGGCAUUGGUGGUGGAGGAGGUGUAGGCGGCAGAGGCGGCGGUUCCGGUGGAGGUGGUCGUGGUGGCGGCGGUGGAGCCGGGGGAGGAAUAGGAGUAGGAGGAGGCAUCGGUGGCGGUGUAGGUGGAGGAGUUGGUGCCGGUGGAGGAAUUGGCUGUGGCGGAGGUGCUGGCGGUGGUGGUGGUGGAAGCGGCAGAGGUGGUGGUCGUAUAUGGCCCCCACCGUAA